UGUUUAGCUGAAAUACACCCAAAGAAAGACUUCCCUCUUUGCUUCAGUCGGUUUUCGUCCUUCUUCCCUUCGGUCACGCUGUCGUUAAGUCGCCGACUCCCGAGCUUCUGACAGAAAAGCCUGUAAUAAUGAAGAUCUGGGCGUCAGAGCACAUUUUCAACCACCCAUGGGAGACGGUGACCAAUGCAGCGAUGCAGAAGUAUCCCAACCCAAUGAACCCCGGCGUGUUUGGUGUUGAUGUUCUGGACAGAAACGUUGAUUCCCAGGGACGGUUACACAGCACCAGACUACUCAGCACAGAGUGGGGGCUCCCCGCCAUAGCAAAAUCUAUCAUUGGAGUAACAAGAACAUGCACCUACGUUCAAGAGCAUUCAGUCGUGGACCCCAACCAGAAAACAUUUGAGCUACAGUCAACAAAUAUCUCCUUCACCAACCUUGUAUCUGUGGAUGAGAAGUUGACAUACAAGCCACAUCCAGAAGACCCUGGAAAAACAGUGUUAACCCAGGAGGCGCUGAUCAGCGUAAAAGGUGUCAGUCUGAGCAGCCACCUAGAGGGACUCAUGGCUAAGACCAUGUCUGUUAAUGCCAAUAAGGGUCGGGAGGCGAUGGAGUGGGUCAUCAGACGGUUGAACACAGAGUUUGAGGAGCUGGCAGCAACUGCUCGUGGCUCCAUGCGCGUUCCCAUGGCAGCCGCUGUCACAGAGAAAUGACCCCAACAUUUCUAUUAAAUGUAUUUUCAGCUUACUUCAGCACCAUAAACUGACAGACUCAAACAUGUUCCUUUGGAAGGGGCCCCCUCCACUAAUCUGCCAAAACAGCCUCUGGUACGUUCGUCUGUUCUUCCUCAGCAAGUCUGCACCGACUUUUUCCACUUGUCUUUGUGGGCAGUGACAGGGAACACUGAGUUAGCUUAAAAAAAACAGGGUUAAAUCAGGCUGAUGGGCUCAUAGCACUCUCGUCUUGUGAUGUAGACGUUUUUAAGAGUAAUUCACACUGUGCCUACACGUGCGCUCAGCAGCGUCACCUUUCCGUCCCCUUUGUCUCUGUCUGUAACAUUUCCUUGUUGUUUCAAACCUUUGCAAAUGGGUUGAGUACAUUUUUAGAGUGUCUGGUCUUUCCUUGUACUACAGAGCUGAGAGUAACUGGAAGUAAAAAAUCUCAGCAGCUGUUGCUGUUGGAGGGUUACAUUUCUCUGCUUCCAGCGUGUGUUUGAGGUUGGUUUCUAGCAGUGUUGUGGAUUAACACGGGUAGAAUCAGUGACAGAAAAGGCAGAUUCUCUCUGUACUUUUAGGCAUCUGACACUUCUGACUGGAGAUUUCUCCUCCUGCAGUGACCCAAAGCAAACCACGCCACAUGAGCAGAAGGUCGCAUCGUAGAGUGUUGUACCUAAAACAAAGGCAGCUUUGACUUGCUUUGAGGUUCUCAAUGAUUAGAAAAGUGAUACAGGUGCUGGUUUAUCAGCAUAGUUGAUUUCUCUUAUUGUGUCUCUCUGAUCUAUUUUUAAAAAUGUAAAAUGAGGUCUCUUACAGUGAGGGUAAGCUGUUUGGUUUACAUGUUGCAGUUUAAGAAUGUUCGUAUUUGAAUGUUUAACUUAUUUUUAAUAUGUGAACUUGAAGUAGAAGACCUCGAAUGGGGCACGUUUAAAUGAGAUAUGUGGGUUCAGUGUUCACUGAUGUCACAGCUCUGCAGCGACCGUACCAACUUUCCUAAUUUAAUACCAGCCUCCACUUGAACCUGUAUGCUUUGACCACUUCAUCCUCCUGUUUGUAAAUGUCAGUGUUAUUUUUAUUUGUUGGGGUGAACACUUGUGAAGAUUGUUAAACCGCUCGUUUCCGGAAGCUGUUGGCUUGUGGCAUAAAAUAAAAAAGGAGGAACAUGUUUUAUAUAGUUUUUGUUCUAACUGAAUCAAGGAGUUGCUUUAGAAGACUCGGCUAAACGCACAAGGAUGAAGUGAGCUAUGGAACCGUGUUACACUUUUCAUGUUCUUCCUUCUUCCUCUCAUGGGAGAAUUUGCAUUUAUACAAAUGAAAGUUUACAUGCAGGACGUUUGUGUUCAGACUGACUUCACGGUACACAAAUAACAGAGGUUAACACCAUCACAAGUCUACAGUCGUCAGUCUGAUCUCAUCAUCAACCAUAAACUGGUCUUUCAUUCCAGCUCCACCUGUUCAAAAGCUGUUUUUAAAAACCAUAUUUGACAAUAAUCUGUUUCAUGUUGCGUCCUCCUCUGAACACAGUGUCUCCUUUCAUGAAAGGAGAGUGAUGUCUUCCUUCGGGGAACCUAUUUAUAUUUUUAUGGUGCUACAUUCCAAGAAUGUAAAUGGAUACUAAUGAGUGAGCACUGAAAAGUUUCAAAAUAAAGAAAAGUCAUUGUUUCA